AAUUCGUGUUUUGAAUGGUGUAUAAGUUAUAAUUUGACCUUGAUCGAUUUGAUAAAAAUAAUUUCGAAAAGUGUUUCAAAUGAACUAUGUAAUAAACAAUGGAAGUCAACUUGCUCAUGGUACGAUGCUGUACUUUGUUGGUAUAGUACAUGUACAUGUAACUAAGAAGUAUUGGCAUAGCGGUAACAUCAUGUCUGUCAAAUCCCGUGUUUUGUGACAAGGAAGGAAAUAAAAGACAUCAACAAUCCUUUUGACUGAUAUUACGGUGAGACGUUUCACUACAUCGGGUUGGAAAUGACGGAGCUGAGGAUAUUGUGUUUGUGGAUAUUUAACAUUACGUGGAUAUCUGGUCAAAAUCUUACUGGAGAGAAUAUUUGUGGAAAUAAAACAUUUGUGACAUGCUGCAAUGAUUAUGAACAAGUUGGAAACAUCUGUGUUGAAUGCAAGCCGGGAUACGCUGGUCGUAACUGCUCCUUGCCCUGUCUACCCAAUUACUAUGGAAGUAGAUGUCGCCAUACAUGUGACUGUUCAUCAUCAGAGUACUGUGACAGAGAGCAGGGCUGUCUGUGCAAAGAGACCAGUCCAAACUGUACAAAUCCAGAUGGAUAUAUGGCGAUGGCAACAAGGGACACAGAAAUAAUUACAAAGGGUGCAGUUGUCUGAGCGACAGGAUGUGCCUCCCCCAAGAAUUCGGUCGAUGACAGGGCUUUCAAAACUAUGUGUUUGCGCUUAGUUUGCACAUCAAGGAUCCACCGUCAGAACAAGGUUUGUGAGCCAUUCUGGAAAGGACUCCAAUUUGGUUUGCACCAUCAUAUCUUUAAGAUUUCUGGAACGUAUGAGGCAGCCAUAGGAAGUUUUUAUAACAUCGGCUAUUCCUGGUAGGAAUUGUCUGUCGUGUCUGGACAUUUCAUCAAUAGCUGCGUACACUUUUGGACCUUCAUAGCCCCUCUUGUACAGCUGCUAUUUCCGAUGGGUGCUGUUAUUGAUAAAGUGCAGAAAUAGAGCAGAUGCGUCGGACCCUGAUAGCUAAACCUUGAGGUACUCCAUUGAACGUAUGGGAAGGAUGGCACUUUGACGGCAUGAAACGUAGAUGCAGUUGAUCAUUAUAAUUUGUAAAUAUAUCUAAGGCAGAAAUAUUGGAAAUGUAAAUAUCAUAUAUCAACUCAAUUGUUCGUAAUUUUUUAAAGAUACCAUGUGAUGUAAAUCUGAUGUUGAACAAAUUUUGCACUAGUCAUAACGUGUUCAGGCCGAAUUUUACGGAUUAUGAAUUACGUUUUUUGUGUGGAAAAAGUCAUACUAUGUACAAAACGUUGUAUAGGUGAUAAAUAACAUAUCCCUAAUAAUUGUUAUAGUAUGAUGUAACUUGCGAAAAUGUAUUUGUAAAACUAUGAACAGCCUGCAACAUGUAAUUUUUAAAUUUCUACUGUACCGCCACUCUUAUUACUAACAUUAGACUACCAUAUUUCCAGUUAUCCCGUAUUUUUGAUGCAUUUGUUAUAAUGUUAUGAGAUUUAUGUCUUUCGCAAUAAAACAAUUGAUGUGUCAGAAAUAAA